ACUCGCUCUACUCUCAUGGGCCGCCACCAUGGAGGUUUUGGGGCUGGGCUAGGUCCCCUGGCGACAACACAAGGCGAAGGCAGGCCCCCACGCGGCCACGCCGUCGUCCGUUCUUCUCCCAAGGCCGCCGCCGCAGCAGGCUCGUCCUCCGCCGCCGCCGCGAGCCGGGAGACGCAGGUCAGGUGGCCUGUGGCAAGCAAAAUGGCUUUCUCAUCAAUUUUCAGGAGAGUGAAUGUCAAAGAACUGAUCUCAAAUGCUUCAGUGUAUGCUAGCGCAACAGAAUCUUCUGGAGUAAUGAGCUUGGUGUUUAGACGCUGGGCCACCAAGAAGACUGCUGGAUCGACAAAAAAUGGCCGUGACUCCAAUCCCAAGUAUUUAGGCGUCAAGAAGUUUGGUGGAGAGAAAGUGGAACCAGGAAACAUCAUUGUUCGCCAAAGAGGAACGCGCUUCCACCCUGGAAACUACGUCGGCAUGGGCAAGGAUCACACUCUCUUCUGCCUGAAGGAAGGACAUGUGCGAUUUGAGCGCAACAAACUGACUGGCAGGAAAUGGGUUCAUGUUGACCCUGUGGCUGGCCAUGUCCUCCACCCUGUCUACGCCAGUGGCUCGACUACUGCAGCUGACCUGGAUGCACAAUUGUAGCGACCAUGCAGUUGCUUAUGCUCUUCCCGCCGAUUGUGCCGCUCCUGUGCUAGUCUUGCACAAUGCAACUUGUUCCAGUAAAGAUGCGUGCGAGUAAGAAAUAUUGCAGCUAUACGUAGCUUCAGUGAGGAGCAGAUAAUUUGAGUUUGGUUGAUGUUCCUUUAUAACAUCACUUAUUUUUAGACUCAAUGUUGGUUUUGUGGUUUCAUAUCCAUGUCGAAGUGUCGAUUACUUGUGGAC